AUGGCAAAGACCUUGCGCUCGGCUCCCGCCACUCACACUUCUGUUCGCGGUCCUCGCCCCGCCGCUCCCGUCACUUCGCGCUUCGACUACGAUGCCUUCUAUGAUGGCGAAUUGGAGAAGAAGCACAAGGACAAGUCAUACCGCUACUUCAACAACAUCAAUCGUCUAGCCAAGGAGUUCCCGCGUGCCCAUACAGCCUCCGCAGAAGAGCGGGUGACCGUGUGGUGCUCCAACGAUUACCUUGGCAUGGGCCGCAAUCCGCAAGUCCUCGAGUCGAUGCACCGUACACUUGAUACCUACGGGCGGGCGCGGGUGUUGCAUGGAAAGGAGGCCGCGUUGGUCUUCAGCUCGUGCUUUGUGGCCAACGAUGCCACUUUGGCCACCCUUGGCAGCAAGUUGCCCGACUGUGUGAUCUUGUCGGACAGUUUGAAUCAUGCCUCGAUGAUCCAGGGUAUUCGCCACUCUGGCGCCAAGAAGAUGGUGUUCAAGCACAACGACUUGCAAGAUUUGGAGGCCAAGCUGGCUUCUCUUCCGCUGCACGUCCCCAAGAUUAUUGCUUUCGAGUCCGUGUAUAGUAUGUGCGGCUCCAUCGCCCCCAUCGAAGCCAUUUGCGACCUGGCCGACAAGUACGGUGCUAUUACCUUCAACGACGAAGUUCAUGCCGUCGGCAUGUACGGCCCCCACGGCGCGGGUGUUGCCGAGCACUUGGAUUAUGACAUCUAUGCCUCGCAGGACACCGCCACGCCUAAGAGUACCAAGGGGACAGUCAUGGAUCGCAUCGAUAUCAUCACCGGAACUCUGGGUAAGGCAUACGGAUGCGUGGGUGGCUACAUUGCUGGCUCUGCCAACCUGGUGGAUACCAUCCGCUCUCUGGCACCCGGAUUCAUUUUCACCACUUCUCUGCCCCCCGCCACGAUGGCUGGUGCCGAUGCUGCCAUUCAGUACCAGAUGCAGCAGCCUCGCGACCGGGUUCUGCAGCAGCUGCACACACGGGCUGUCAAGACUGCGCUGAAGGAAUUGGACAUUCCCGUCAUUCCCAACCCUUCGCACAUUGUGCCGCUGUUGGUGGGUGACGCUGAUCUGGCCAAGCGUGCUUCGGACAAGCUCCUGGAAGAGCACGGCAUCUACGUGCAGGCCAUCAACUACCCCACCGUUCCCCGCGGCGAAGAGCGUCUGCGCAUCACCCCGACCCCGGGCCACGUGAAGCCUCUGCGCGACCACCUGGUCCAGGCUGUGCAGGCCGUCUGGACUGACCUGGGCAUCAAGCGCACCAGUGACUGGCAAGCCCAGGGUGGAUUCGUCGGCGUGGGCGUCGAGGGUGCCGAGGAAGCCAAUCAGCCCAUUUGGAAGGACACCCAGCUUGGUGUGAAUACCUCUGAUUCUCUCGAGUCUGCCAUCGCUCGCGAAAUCAGCGCCGACGCUACCGAGAAGCUUUGA